CGCGUUUUUAUUGCGGGAGUCAGGAGGCGGAUGCUGCGUCUGUCACUGCGCAUCCUCUCCGGGCUCAGGGACGCAGAUUGAGCAGAAGCAGCCGCAGCCUCUAACGCAAACAAACACAAACCAUCGCCGUCGUCAUCGUCAUCGUCACUGCAGAUACACUGGUUCUGGCUCCGUUCAGGCCGCAGCGCUGCGGCUGAUCCAGUUUGGUCAUGAAGGAACACGUUCGGUUCGGAUAAAGGACGCGUCGCAGAGUUAAAAACUUUCCCACGGUGAGGAAUUUAUUUAUUUGAAGCAGUUCGCAGCCGAAUGACAGUUUUUGGUUCUGGUUUUGUUCAGAUCUGAACCGUUCACUGCUCCAGAGGGACGCGAGGAUAAACAGCAAGGCCUCACUGGUGUUUGUGGCACCACACAGAGACUGAGCCUCACCUGCAGGCUUUUGGAUCGGGGUGUUGGUGUGAACAGCAGCAGCAGCGGCGGCGGCUGCAGCAGCGGCAUCAUGGUGGACGCAGCAGAGUGCGGGGUGAAGGUGAUGUGUCGCUUCAGGCCCCUGAACGAGGCCGAGAUCACCAGAGGAGACAAGUACAUCCCCAAAUUCAAGGAGGAGGACACCGUGGUGAUAACGGGAAAACCUUACGUCUUUGACCGUGUGCUGCCUCCAAACACCUCGCAAGAGCAGGUGUACGACCAGUGUGCCAAACAGAUAGUUAAAGAUGUGCUCGCUGGCUAUAAUGGGACUAUUUUUGCCUACGGACAGACAUCAUCUGGGAAAACACACACUAUGGAGGGCAAACUGCAUGACCCCCAGCUGAUGGGCAUCAUCCCUCGCAUUUCCCACGACAUCUUUGACCACAUCUACUCCAUGGACGAGAACCUUGAGUUUCACAUCAAGGUCUCUUAUUUUGAAAUCUACUUGGACAAGAUCAGAGACCUGUUGGAUGUGUCAAAAACAAACCUUUCUGUCCAUGAAGAUAAGAACAGAGUUCCGUACGUCAAGGGUUGUACUGAAAGGUUUGUGUCCAGUCCAGAGGAGGUGAUGGACGUCAUCGAUGAGGGCAAAGCCAAUCGUCAUGUGGCUGUAACUAACAUGAAUGAGCACAGCUCCCGCAGCCACAGCAUCUUCCUUAUCAACAUCAAGCAGGAGAACAUUGAAACAGAAAAAAAACUGUCUGGAAAGCUGUACCUGGUCGACCUGGCCGGAAGCGAGAAGGUCAGUAAGACCGGGGCUGAGGGAGCCGUGCUGGACGAGGCGAAGAACAUCAACAAAUCUUUGUCGGCUCUGGGGAACGUUAUCUCGGCUCUGGCGGAAGGAACAAAAACCCACGUGCCGUACAGGGACAGUAAGAUGACCCGGAUCCUGCAGGACUCUCUGGGAGGAAACUGCAGAACCACCAUCAUCAUCUGCUGCUCGCCGUCUGUCUACAACGAAGCGGAGACCAAGUCUACACUCAUGUUUGGACAGAGAGCCAAGACCAUUAAGAACACAGUGUCUGUCAACCUGGAGCUGACGGCCGAGGAGUGGAAGAAGAAAUNACAUAAGGCAAUGAAAAAGUCAAUAAUUAUCGAGUCACUCAUUAUUUGUAUUGAACAUUACGUUUCAGUUUAUUUGAUGACUAAGUGAUCUCACAGACGAGACGAUGUUUCAGGAGAGAACGUCCCUGAGGACGAGCAGCUCGGCUCCAACGAUCAGAAAAACACUGAGUAUGACAACACCCCUGUCAUCGACAACCUGCUGCUGACCAAAGGAGGAGGAGGAGUAGAACGAGGAGGAGGAGUUUCAGUCUGCAGCGACGAGAAGAACAAGUAUGAGGAGGACAUAAACAACCUCUAUAAACAGCUGGACGACAAGGAUGACGAGAUCAACCAACACAGCCAGCUCGCUGAGAAACUAAAGGAGCAAAUGUUGGACCAAGAAGAGCUGCUGGCAUCUACACGGCGAGAUUACGAGAAGAUCCAAGAGGAGCUGUGCCGGCUGCAGACAGAGAAUGAGCUGGCCAAGGAGGAGGUGAAGGAGGUGCUGCAGGCAUUAGAGGAGCUGGCUGUCAACUAUGACCAGAAGAGUCAGGAAGUGGAGGAGCGGGACCAGGCCAACCUGCAGCUAAUGGAAGAGCUACAACAGAAGACGGUACUGCUAGCUGCGCUGCAGAAGGAGCUGAGUCAGUUGCAGGAGCUGAGCGGUCUGCAGAGAAAGAGAGCGUCCGAAGUCCUGAAUUUGUUGGUGCGAGACAUCAAUGAUAUUGGAGCCAUCAUUGGCACAAGUGAUGUCAAGACCUCUAUGUCCUCAGAGACCAAUGGGAACGGCAUGGCGGUGGAGGAGGAGUUCACUGUGGCUCGCCUCUACAUCAGCAAAAUGAAGUCUGAGGUGAAGUCACUCGUCAACCGCAGCAAACAGCUGGAGAGUGCACAGGCCGACGCCCACAGCAAGAUCCAGGCCAAUGAGAAGGAGCUGGCUUCCUGUCAGCUGCUUAAUUCUCAGCACCAGGCCAAGAUCAGGACUCUGACUGACUACAUGCAGAACUUGGAGCAGAAGAAGCGGCAGCUGGAGGAGAGUCAGGACGCCCUGACUGAGGAGCUGGCCCUUCUGCAGGCUCAGGAGAAAAGACAUGAGAUGUCCGGGCGAGAGAAGGAGGACAGCAGCAGAUUGGACGUAGGCGAGAAAACACUGGAGGAGCAGCUGGAGAAUCACAGAGAGGCUCACCAGAAGCAGCUGAGUCGGCUGCGUGGUGAGAUCGAAGACAAGCAGCGGAUGCUGGAUGAGCUGACAGACCUUUACCAGGGUCUGAUGCUGGAGCAGGAGAGAUUAAUGUCUGACUAUGAGAAACUGAAGGCCAAAGAACAGGAGAAGGACACAAAGCUGCAGGCGUUGUUGCUGCUGAAUGAAAAGAGGGAACAGGCAAGAGAAGACCUGAAAGGACUUGAAGAGACUGUGGCCAAGGAGCUGCAGACCCUGCACAACCUCCGCAAACUCUUCAUCCAAGACCUCACUGCAAGGGUUAAAAAAAGUGCAGAGCAGGACUGUGAGGAAGGACUUUGCAAUGUUGCCCAGAAGCAGAAGAUCUCCUUCCUAGAGAACAACCUGGAGCAGCUCACCAAAGUCCACAAACAGCUGGUUCGAGACAACGCAGAUCUCCGCUGUGAACUGCCCAAGCUGGAGAAGCGUCUUCGCGCGACAGCCGAGCGAGUCAAAGCCCUGGAGAACGCCCUGAAGGAUGCGAAAUUGAACGCUAUGAGGGAUCGCAGGAGGUACCAGCAGGAGGUGGAACGUAUCAAAGAAGCCGUGCGAGCCAAGAACAUGGCCAAGAGGAUGUACUCUGCUCAGAUUGCGAAACCCAUUCGUCCAGGCCAUCAUCCCCUGUCGUCUCCUGUCAGCAGUGGCAUCAGAGCCGGAAACGUCUACAUCCACAACCAGUAAAACGCAGCAGCCAAACAUCAUCAGCCUACAGACCAGAAGCAGUUCAACGCAUGUCACUUCACUCUGUCAGCACUGGGAAAUAACUAAAACAUUAUGCAAAUCCACACAUUUCAUUUGGUGAAUGUAAAAAAAUCAUCAGGCCUCACAAUAUAACAUGUUGUGCUUAUAUAACAGUAUAUUAUGUGAUAUUUUAUAAGCGCGGCCUUGGGUAUUUUCUUUUCCCUCUUCAAGUUAAACUAAUUAUUUUUUCCUAUUUUUGGCCUUUUUGUGUUCCUAUCAACUCUUGAACCAGCAUUUCUUCCACUGCAGGUGUUGGAUGAGGAAAAGUGGAGGGUUACAUUCACUUUAUGCAACCAAAAUACAGAGUAAAAAAUCCUAUUAUAUUUUCAAAAUAAGAAGCAUUUAUUUUUUUCUCACCGCACAAAUCCCUCUUUAUUUGCAUUUCUUCAUAAAACCUUUUUUUCUUUCUUUAAGCUCAUUGUAUUUUUUGUCUUUUUACACAUGACAAUCAUUAAAACACCCUCAUCUUCUAUAAAAAAUAUUUACAUAGUCUAAUCUUUAUAUAUAAAUCUGUAUGAUUUAACAUUGUAACAGGGACUUGAUAAUAUAAAUACAAAACGACAUUAUAUAAUUGAUUCAACCAUGUAUUAAACAACAAGACCAAUAAACCAGUAGUAUUUCUUUUUUUACCAUUUUUGCCAAAUUUUACAUUUUGACUUUAGUAAUGUAAAAAUUAAGAAAUGUAUCUUAUCAAGUCAGUGGCAGAACUGUUGCCCUGCAGCCAUGCUGAUCGACCAAUCAGAUGUUGCUCAGGCUGAAAAGCAGUAAUUGUUUAUGUACUUGAUAAAUUAUCAAUAUUUUUUUCCAUUUUACCUUUUCAAGCUAAUUUUAGAUUAGGUUUUGACAGUGUUCUGUUAUUCUAUGAAGAUUUGGACAUAUCUCUAACCAAAUAGGCUUGUUUUUACCCAAUACAUUUUUCUGGCCCAAGAUUCCUUGACAAAAGGAACAGGUUUUGUUAAUGUUUAUUGGUCUUAGUUUGAAUUCUGACUAAAUAUGGGCCCAAAAGCCCAAAAAUCCACACUAACUGGCUAAAAGAGUUGUGUCACCCACUUUUUGUGCCUCAACUUCCAGAAAAAACGACUCCUGUUGAUACAUUAUUGCAAAUUGGUGAAGCUAUGAGUUGCAAUCCACAAGUCCAGUUUCACCCUCUAGUCCAAGUUGUGCUGUAGGUUUUGUGUGUCAUUUGUUGUCAGUGUGCUGCCAGUUGCUUUCAAAUGUACGUUUUUGUUACUGUAUGUUUUGUUCGAUGCUAGAGCCAGAAUAAUGUCUGGCUCUGAGGGUUCCACGGUGGCUGUUUGACGGCAC